AUGCAACAACAGCUGUCAGCGGAUGCGCUCAUUGCCCAGAAGAGGGCAGAGAUCGCGGCGAAGAUUGCGGCCAUGAAGAAGGGCGCGUCUGCUACUCCUUCCGCCGCCCCCCGUCCUCCCGUGGUGUCCGCCGCCGCGUCGGUCUCCGCGUCUGCUUCUGCUUCUGCUGCAGCAUCACCCUCCCCUCCUAUCCCGGAUGACAUGGCGCGCCGUAUUGCUGAGGCAAAGAGGCGUGUAGCGGAAGCCCAGAGCAAGUUGGCUGUGAAGGACAACCCGUACAUGUCUGUUCCUCAGCAGGGGAAGAAGAAAAAUAGCAACGUCGUAACUCCCGAACCCACUCAGCAAGGCGCUGGUCUCAAGAUGGCUGCCCACCCUCUGCUGCUCGACAAUACACCUACACUUCCUCAGUCGAAGAAGGAUCGAUACAAGCCCAUGCAGCCGAAGUUCGCGUCCAUCAAGGCCAACGUCCGUAAUGCCCCAACACCUCCCCCCGCUCCGACUCCUGUGGUUCCGAUAGAAACGAAGACGAACCCCUACGCCUCCGCCGCUGCUACACCUGCCGCCGAAAGUGGGUUCGAGGGUGCACCGAAAGAGCGUGUCGGACGGCAGUUCCGCUUUAACCCCAAGGGCAAGUACGUGCAGAUUGCGAAUCAGGUUAGGCAGGAGGCCCAACUCGAGCAGCUCAAGCAGCGUAUCGCGGAAAGCGCCAAGAAGGCCGGUCUAGACACCGAAUUUGAGACGCUUGAGAAGAACAUAAGGGUGCGUGGACUCGCGAAUCCUGUAGGUGGUACGGCGGGUGCUAAGGUCGUAUGGUUCUUGCAGAGAGAUGCACCUCCUGAGGCGGAGUGGUGGGACGCAGCGCUAUUGCCGAGCAAGUCGUACAGCGACCUGGAGCAGGGUUUGGCAAAUCUGAACAUUCGAAAUGGCAAAUCGCCGAUCACCCUGUACAUCCAACAUCCCAUCCCCAUUCCCGCGCCUGGCGACAAGAAUAAGCCCACGCACAAGCCGCUUAAGCUCACCAAGAAGGAGCAAAAGAAGAUGCGAAAGCAACGACGGCAGGCCGAGCUGCAGGACAAGCGCGAUCGGAUCCGGAUGGGUCUUAUUCCUCCCGAUCCCCCCAAGGUCCGCUUGGCAAACCUGAUGAAAGUCUUGACCUCGGACGCGGUGCAAGACCCGACCCGUGUCGAAGCUCGUGUCAGGCGAGAGGUCGCCAUGCGCAAGCAUCAGCACGAGAAGGCGAACGCAGAGCGCAAACUUACAGACGAGCAGCGGCGCGAGAAGAUCGAAACCAAGAAGACCGAGGAAGAGAAGAAGGGCAUCUACGGUGCCGUCUUCAAGGUGAAGACGCUCUCGGACCCAUCGCACCGCUUCAAGGUUCGCAAGAAUGCCGAGCAGAUGAACCUGACCGGCGUGUGCAUCUUCAACCCCCACUUCAGCAUGGUCUACGUCGAGGGCGCCGCCAAGUUCAUUCGCCAGUACAAACGUCUAAUGCUUCACCGUAUUGCCUGGACCGAGGCAUCACGUGAACGUGGCAACGAGGAUGUCGAGCUUGCUGAGGACGAGGAGGGCGAGGGCGGUGGGAAGGGGAAGGGCAAAGUCGUCGCUGCCGAUAGCGGCGCGGACGGGCAGGUGUCACUGGAAGACAACGAGUGCUGGCUGGUGUGGGAGGGUCAGCUGCGCGACCGCGCGUUCAACAACUUCAAGCCGAAGAGCUGCCCGACGGACGCGAUGGCCAAGGAGGCGCUCGGCCAUAAGUUGGCUGGCUACUGGGACCAGGCGAAGAACUGGAAGCCGGAGGAGGAGGAGUUGUUCUGA